AAUAACCGCAUAAUAUAUCUAUACACAGAAAUCGUUAGAGAUAGCCUGGAUACCAUUCAUUUUAGACACAUGGACUAAUUUAAUUCUCAGUUGGGUAUUCAAGUGACUGAAGAAAGAUUCAUCAACAAUAGGUAGUUGUCUAUGAAAAGGAUGAGCAGGAGUUGACUUCCUCGCCGAAACGACGCUACCGAAAGAGGACGAUGCCGAUUCGGGGCCUUUACAGAAACAGCGAUCUUAAGUUAAUUUCUGCCGAGUUGUGUAAAAGGCAUGCGAUUCUAGGUCAUCUGGCAAUACUCCAAAUGGAGAAACUUCUUGCGAUUGUACAGGAGACCCGAAACGGGGCCUCUGUUGCUGACUCGAUCCGAACGGCGACCCAAAGGUACACACUGGACCCUGACGAAGAUUUAAAUGUAUUAGAUGACAAAACUCUUCAGGUGAAGAAACAAUUAAUGGCGGAGAGCUUCGAGCAAGCCGCGUUGAAGCCUGGUGAUCCCGGUUUCACGUACAAUAUUGAAGUGGAUUUUAAUACGUUUGAAACGUCUGCGGAUUGGGACAAUGACAGUGAUGAAGUCGUGGAUUUCUAACUGGUACUAAUGUAAUAUCGCAAUGAUAAUGAUUAUUAUAAUACGCUUUCAAUAAAAACACAUAGUUUAUGAUAUUGUAAAGUAACCGUCGUAGCCCACUCGAUCGCCUGAGCAUAUCUGAAACAAACAUUUUGUCAAAACGAGAACGUAGAAAAGCACGGCUAAUUAGGUACGACAAGAAGUCAUUCGUCCACAAUACUUCGAGCGCUGCCCAUAAGGUUCACGGGAACACCUUGCUCGCCCGUUCUACUGGAUGUCCUCCCUGUAUAGAUUACGUAAAUUUAGCUCUCUAAAUUUUAGUAAAUUUAGAAUAAAGCUCUGCGUAAACUUAAUUCGUCUAACAAUAAAAAAGCGCUUUAUGAGAUUUGCACUUUAACUUUGCACAAAUACACGUAUAUUUGGCAGCUGCAAGAGGGUAAUGCAUGGGCAAACAUUUAUUUCUUGUGAGCUUCUAAGUUUUCUAAGACAAGAAAGUGUUAGAACACUUUUAGGAAGAUUAGUUUGCCUUAUUUAGGUAGGAUGCU